ACAGCAAACCCCGCGUACUGCUAGAACGUCGGGCCACCACUGCUGGCCAACGUACCAAACCUAGAAAAGAACCACCACCUCAGCUUCAACGUUCUCAAACCGCUUUAGGUCACAGAAACGUGAAUCUGUCUUAUUCCUCGCAUGCUGUAGCAGAAAAAGACGCUGAAAAAGCUGCUAGAAAACAAGCUAAAUUGGAAGCAGAGGAAUCAAAACCUCAGCGGACUAGACACAUGUCGGCCUCUUCCGAUUCUUCCACUGGGAGUACGUUUGGCAUAGACCCAUAUAAACUUCGCAGGAGGGCAUUUUUAGCCGGCGAAGAAGACUUCCAGUCAAAAAUAUUCAGCACUAAAAAAGAUAAUUUUCUAGAACGUGUUCAAAGAACGGUAGCGGAAAACCCCCCCAGCCGACCCCCAAGUCAAAUGGAUGCUGAACAGAUUAUAAAAUCAAUAGAAAAACCGAAAAAUGAUCGCAAAGAGAACAAAAGAUCUGUUGUGGCUCCAAAGGCCAUCAGACGCUUGAUGGAACGUGAUAAUUCCUUCAGUUCCUUAGCAAACCUUUCAGAAGAAGAACAAGCAAGAAAAUUAAUGGAACAGUGGGAGGAUCUUAAGAAAUGUAGGUAUCUGCGGAUUCCACCAGCGAUGGAGGAUCUGUCGGGAGUGAACACGCUUGCUGUGGAUAACCUUAAACUGCUGCAUUCGCUCCGCUACGCGCCGCCCGACCAGUCGGGGUUCGGAGUGGCCGUGGUGGCGGACAGGCAGGUGCUUAGUAGAAAUAACCUGAAUGCCGUGCCCAGUUGAAAUCUAAAGCAAAAGUCAGUGUUUGCUGUGUUUUGCGCUGAAUUUUGAGAUCCUGUUGAGCAUUAUAAUGUUUGCAUAGUUGCACAUUCAAAGAAGCUUGAUUAAACUAGAUAUUUUACUGCACACUCACUAAAGCGAGGGGGGUUACUUGGAAUGAUUUAUUUCGUGCAGUCAAUCCCUUAUUAUUACACUAGAUCUGAAUUUUGAGUUGGUUCUCACAUAUAACUGAAACAAGGGACCGGUUUUUCGAUGAUAUCCCGUGGGUCGGUGGGUGGGGUGGACCCAUUUGAAUUCUGCUUGUCUACCGGGUGAAAAGUUUUUGUAACUCCCAAGCAGAAUGUUUUCACUUUGAUGCAACGUAUAUGAGCUACGCACCUAACUAAUAUAGAUAAGAAACGAAUAUAUAGUGUGCAAUGAUAAAAACAUCCGAAAUUUUGUAACGCUUUUUUCAUUUUGUUUCAGUAGUUGAGUUAUUAACUGACUGAUUAAUUGAUCAUGGAUUAUUGAUAACUUCAUUAAUUUGUUCAUCGGAAUAGCUAAAGUAAUAAGUGAAAGGGCAGUAGGUCUAUUUGACCGGCUGCAUGCUCACCGCUUUUGUGAUAUGAACGCUAACUGUAUUAUUUUUUACUGGAAACCAUUCCUGGCUUCUGUGCAAUGAUAUUUAUGCCAACAAGUAAGGACGGUGCCUGAUUGUAAUUUUUUAUUGUGUUUAUGUAAAUGC